AUGGCAGCUUCUGAACAAGAUAUGGCUUUUCCAUAUCAUAGACAUAGUAGGUUUUAUAUGGGGCGCGAGUUGUUCGAAAAUCCUCCCCACAUUUUUGCGAUAGCAGAUAGCGCUUACAAGACUCUGAAGCAGAAGGAAACGGACACCUGCAUUGUAAUCAGCGGAGAAUCAGGUUCUGGUAAAACAGAAGCCUCCAAAAUUAUUAUGAAGUACAUUGCAGCAGUAACUAAUCAGGGGCAACAAGCGGAAAUCGAAAGGGUAAAGAAUGUGUUAAUUCAGUCAAAUUCAAUUUUGGAAACAUUCGGAAAUGCCAAAACUAACCGCAACGAUAAUUCAUCCAGAUUUGGAAAAUAUAUGGAUAUCAGUUUUGAUUUUAAAGGCGAUCCAGUCGGUGGUCACAUCACAAACUACUUGCUUGAAAAAUCUCGAGUUAUUCAGCAACAAGCAGGAGAAAGAAACUUUCACAGCUUUUAUCAGUUAAUAAAAGGAUCAGUCGAAUCUGAUUUGAAAAAGUAUAAUCUAUCAAGAGAUCCUGCCUUAUAUCACUACACUUCUCAGGGCAGCGCGUCCAAUGUCGAUUCAAUAAAUGACAAAAGUGAUUUUAAAACCACUUGUAAUGGAAUGAAAACACUAGGUUUUUCGGUUGACGAAUGUGAUACUGCAUGGAGAAUUGUUGCUGCAAUUUUGCAUCUGGGAAACGUAUCCUUUGCUGCCGACCAAGACAAAAUAGUAAUAUCUGAUAAAAAGCAAAUGAACUAUGUCUCAACCUUACUAAAAGUGACGGACCGUGAAUUGAACGAAGCCCUAACUCAGCGCGUAAUCGCUGCCAGAGGUGAUGUUAUGCGCAAAAAUCACAACUUAUCAGAAGCCGAAUACGGACGAGAUGCCUUGGCUAAAGCUAUAUAUGUUAAAUUAUUCACUUGGAUUGUUGAGAAAAUAAAUAAUGUUAUUCAAGUUUCCCAAAAUGUAGAAACUCGAUACAAUCGUGUUAUUGGGGUGAUUUGUGACCUGGUUGAACAACCUCAUGUUGGCGUAAUAGCAAUUUUGGACGAAGCUUGCUUGAAUGUAGGAAAAGUUACUGACGAAAUGCUCUUGGAAGCGAUGGAUAAAAAAAUUAAGCGUACAUGCCCAUUAUUCGACCAUUAUGCAGGUGAUGUGAUAUACAGCAUAAAAGGAUUCUUAGAUAAGAACAAGGAUACUCUGUUUCAAGAUUUCAAAAGAUUGCUGUAUAAUUCUUCAGAUCCUAUAAUUAAAAAUAUGUGGCCUGAAGGAGCAUUGGACAUCACCAAAACAACCAAAAGGCCGAAGACUGCCGGAACACUCUUCUGCAAUUCAAUGUUAGCUUUGGUCGAAACUUUAAGUUCAAAAGAACCAUUUUACGUUCGAUGCAUUAAACCAAAUGACAUAAAAAGUCCGACUAUAUUUGAUGACGAACGAUGCAAACAUCAGGUUUCAUAUUUGGGUCUCGUUGAGAACGUAAGAGUACGUCGCGCCGGAUUUGCAUACAGGCAGAGAUACGAUCGAUUCCUAAAACGAUACAAGAUGAUCUCUGAAUACACAUGGCCUAAUUUCCGUAAUGGUAAUGAUAAAGACGGCACUCGUGUUCUGCUGGAACAGAAAGGUUUUGGAAAGGACGUCAAAUAUGGACAUACCAAAAUAUUUAUUAGGAGGUACAAACUGCGUAGUUAUGUAAGCGAAAUGAAUCAAAAGUUCCAACAUGCCGAAAGAAUGCGUGAUUAUGGAAAAAGCAUUAUUUGGCCAAAACCACCUCUCAAGGGCAUUGAAGAGCCUUUGAGAAAAAUGUACCAGAGGUGGCGAUCGUAUAAGAUUCUAAGCUGCGUACCGAAGGAAGAAUGGCCUCAAUUAAGAAUAAAAGUGGCUGCAGCUUCAGUUUUGAAAAAUAAACGAGCAGAAUGGGGUCAGAAUCGAAGAUGGCUUGGUGAUUACAUGACCAAUCUUAAUGAGAAUCCAGUUUAUAAUUUAUACAAUGCAACCGUACAUAAUUUAAAGAACACAGACCGAUUUUCAACAGUAAUGUUCUCUUGCACCGUCCGCAAAUUCAAUAGAUUCAAUAAAAGUGCUGAUCGUGUGUUACUAGUCACAGAUAAUUCAUUUUACAAAAUUGAUGCAGUAAAGUUCAAAUCAAUGAAAAAACCAGUGCCAAUUCAAAAUAUUGCAAGCGUGUCUGUGACUAAUGGCCCUGAUCAAUUGGUGGUAAUACAUUCUCCACUUGGAAAUGAUCUUGUUGUAUGCUUGCUGCCAAUGGCUACAUCACCAAUGUCAUCAUUAGGAGCUGUAAAUGGAAACUAUGACUAUUCGAUGACAAAUAUUAAUAGUAUGACGCCUGGAACUAAAUUAUAUCCAGAGGAUCGUGUUGGAGAAUUAGUAGGAGUUUUAUGUAACAGAUAUUCCAAAUUAACUGGUCAAGAAUUAAGAGUGAAUAUUCAACAAAGCUUUCCUUGCAUGUUAGGUAAUAAGACAAAAACAUUAUACACAAGUAUUUCACCUAACGUACAAACACCAACAUUUAAACAUACAGGACAAAGUAUUGAAUUGCAACUUCCUAGUUUCCAAAAUAGCAAUGGGAAAGAUCAUUAA